GUAGGCGGGCCGUUGAGGGGUGGGGCGUGGAGCCUGGUAACCGUUGCCGGUAACAACGCCCCGCCCCAUCGCGGCGGGCGGGCGAGCAGGCGGGCGGGCGCGCGAGGCUGGCGGGCGGACGGCGGGAGCGGGAGGAGGAGCGGCCACAGCCGCCACCGCCGCCGCCAUAGAGACUGUAGCCGUGGAGACUGUUACUUACCAACGGGGACCAACACGCAGCAGCCGCUGCUGCCGCCGCGGGAGCCGCUGCCCGAACUCCCGGCCCGAACUCCAGAACUGAGCAUGCAGAAUUCAGAGGGUGGAUCCGAUUCGCCAGCUUCUGUGACUCUGUGUCCCUCAGCGGCAGCCCAGGCCCCCGCGGCCCCGCCAGUACCAGCCUCCCCGCAGAGGGUGUUGGUCCAGGCAGCGGGCUCGGCUCCCAAAGGGGCCCAGAUGCAGCCAAUCUCCCUCCCCAGGGUCCAGCAGGUGCCACAGCAGGUGCAGCCCGUGCAGCACGUGUACCCCCCGCAGGUGCAGUACGUGGAAGGCGGAGACACCGUCUACACAAAUGGAGCCUUACGGACGGCCUAUGCCUACAACCCCGAGCCUCAGAUGUACGCCCCCAGCAGCGCAGCUUCUUACUUCGAGGCCCCGGGCGGCGCCCAGGUGACCGUGGCAGGCUCCUCCCCGCCAACGGUCCCCUCCCACAGCAUGGUGGGCAUCACCAUGGAUGUCGGGGGGAGCCCUAUUGUCUCCAGCGCGGGAGCCUAUCUCAUCCACGGGGGGAUGGACAGCACCAGACACUCCCUGGCCCACACCUCCCGCUCAUCGCCAGCUACGCUUGAAAUGGCGAUUGAAAACCUCCAAAAAAGCGAAGGGAUCACUUCACACAAAACCGGUUUACUCAACAGCCAUCUCCAGUGGCUGUUGGAUAACUACGAAACCGCAGAAGGCGUCAGUCUCCCCAGAAGCUCUCUCUACAACCAUUACCUUCGGCACUGCCAGGAGCACAAGCUGGACCCUGUGAAUGCCGCCUCCUUCGGGAAGCUGAUCCGUUCCGUGUUCAUGGGCCUGCGGACGCGGCGGCUGGGCACCAGGGGCAACUCCAAGUAUCAUUACUAUGGGAUCCGCCUGAAACCAGAUUCACCCUUGAACCGGCUGCAGGAGGACACCCAGUAUAUGGCCAUGAGGCAACAGCCCAUGCAUCAGAAGCCAAGGUACCGGCCAGCCCAGAAGACAGACAGCCUCGGGGACAGUGGUCCGCAUGGCAGCCUGCACAGCACACCAGAGCAGGCCAUGGCCGCACAGAGCCAGCACCACCAGCAGUACAUAGACGUCUCUCACAUCUUCCCGGACUUCCCGGCGCCCGACCUGGGCAGCGUCCUGCUGCAGGAGAGCAUCACGCUGCACGACGUCAAGGCCCUGCAACUGGUCUACCGGCGGCACUGCGAGGCAACUUUAGACGUCGUGGUGAACCUCCAGUUUCACUACAUUGAGAAGCUGUGGCUUUCCUUCUGGAACUCGAAAGCCGCCUCGGGUGAUGGCCCUGCCUCUCUACCUGCCAGCGACGGGGAACCCGAAGGUGCCGUCCUCCCGAAGGACAAGCUGGUGUCUCUGUGUAAAUGCGAGCCCAUUCUCAAGUGGAUGAGGAACUGCGACCACAUCCUGUACCAGGCCCUGGUGGAGAUCCUCAUCCCUGAUGUGCUGCGGCCGGUGCCCAGUACCUUGACACAGGCCAUCCGUAAUUUUGCCAAGAGCUUGGAAGGCUGGUUGACGAACGCCAUGAGAGACUUCCCACAGCACGUCAUCCAGACCAAGGUCGGCGUGGUCAGCGCCUUUGCCCAGACCCUGCGCAGAUACACGUCCCUCAACCACCUCGCUCAGGCAGCCCGCGCCGUGCUGCAGAACACCUCCCAGAUCAACCAGAUGCUCAGUGACCUCAACCGCGUGGACUUCGCCAACGUGCAGGAACAGGCCUCGUGGGUGUGCCAGUGUGAGGAGAGUGUGGUGCAGCGGCUGGAGCAGGACUUCAAGCUGACCCUGCAGCAGCAGAGCUCCCUGGACCAGUGGGCCAGCUGGCUGGACAACGUGGUCACCCAGGUCCUGAAGCAGCAUGCCGGCAGCCCCAGCUUCCCCAAGGCCGCCCGCCAGUUUCUUCUGAAAUGGUCCUUUUACAGCUCCAUGGUGAUCCGCGACCUCACGCUACGCAGCGCUGCCAGCUUUGGCUCCUUCCACCUGAUCCGCCUGCUCUAUGACGAGUACAUGUUCUACCUGGUGGAGCACCGUGUCGCCGAGGCGACCGGAGAGACGCCGAUUGCUGUGAUGGGAGAGUUCAACGAUCUCGCCUCCCUAUCGCUGACACUGCUCAAUAAAGAUGACCUCAGCGAGGAUCGUGGCCGUGAGGCCAACUCCGAUGCCCGCAGCCUGGGCGAGCCCCUGGUGAAGCGGGAGCGCAGUGACCCGAACCACUCCCUGCAGGGCAUCUAGCUCUGCGGUGCCUCCCCCAGGCUCCAGACCGGGCCCCUCGAGCUCUACUGUAAUAGUGCCUCUUAGAUGACGUGAUCUUUGCUCUGACUCACGGGG